AUGGCCUCUAUCAGAGCUAACUGCGGAAAGGUCGUGUGCAUAGGCCGGAACUAUGCUGAUCAUAUCGCCGAGUUGAACAACUCCAAGCCGAAACAGCCGUUUUUCUUCCUAAAACCUACUUCGUCGAUCCUUAUACCGGGAGCUGGGCCCGUCUUAAGACCCAAGGGAGUCAAGCUACAUUAUGAAGUCGAACUGGGCCUGAUAAUGGGCUCUAGGCUGCAAGAUCAUGACCCGAAUGAUAUCAAAGGCGCCUUGGACUCGAUUGCAGGUUAUGUCGUUGCAAUUGAUAUGACUGCUCGAAAUGUCCAGGAUUCAGCUAAACGCGCCGGCCUUCCCUGGUCAAUUGCGAAAGGCUUUGAUACAUUCUCGCCCAUCAGUUCGCUCAUCCCUAAGUCCGCAAUUCCGGACCCGCACAAUGCUACUCUCCACCUUGAAGUUGAUGGAGUGUCCAAGCAGCUGGAUAACACCGGACUGAUGAUUUAUCAGAUCCCACGUCAGCUCGCAGAUAUCUCAAGAGUGAUGACCCUAGACCCUGGUGAUUUGGUUUUGACCGGUACGCCCAAGGGUGUAGGAGAGGUGACGAACGGCCAGGUUAUGACCGCUGGUAUCAGAGUCGAUGGUAAAGAGAUUGAAGAGGGACGGCUUGAAGUCAUGGUCAGAGACCGCGAGGGAAGAUACGAGUUUGUAGAGAACUAA